CGGUUCUUUGGUCCUUUUCUCUGUGAGAGUUUUGUACAUUCCCAUGCUUUUUUCCUUUUCCCUUUCUUUCCUCUGUAAAAGAUGAGUCUUCCCAACUUGCCUCCAUACUCUGGUGAUGUCACACUUUGGUUUGCUCAAUUGGAUGCAUAUUUUUCCGCCCAUGCUGUACCUCACCAACAGCAACUGAACCUUUUGUACUGUGGAAUGCCUUCACCUCUCGCACGCUCAGUGAAAGAUCUCAUCACUGACCCACAUCCAGAUGCAACUUACGUGUCCAUGAAAUCUGAGGUUCUCCGUUGGAACACACAAUCCGCAGAGAGUAAAUUCCAGACACUGAUGCAAGAUGAACAUCUGAGAGAUAGGACACCAUCUGAGUUUCUUCAUUGGUUGCGAGAACUCAGCAAUAUUCCACUUGAGGACAAUCUUCUGCUAAGGAAAUUGUUUUCCUCUUGUCUACCGCUGAAUGUCCAAUCAAUACUGGCCACAACAGCCAUGGUGGACAAGAUCAUAGAGCUUACUGUACAGCCUGCACUUCACCAUACCUGUUCAGACCCUUUAGUAGCUUCACCUACUACUACAAAGUCUCCUGCCUCAUCAUAUGACAACAUUUUGGAGAGAGUCGAUGCAUUAACAUGUUGCAUGGACACACUGUGGCAAGAACACACCAGCUCUUAGUCACAGUCAUCUAGUUCUGUUUCAAUGGUUUCCAAUCUCUGCUGGUACCAUGCUAGAUUUAAGGACAAAGCCCAUUGAUGCAUCCAACCCUGUUCAUUCA